AUGUACCAGCCGAACAUUUUCGACAGUCACCAUCACCACCACCUUCUCGACAUUACUCACAAUAAGACCCCGGAAAACGAUAUGGACCUCAUCCGAGACGAAGAAUACGAAAGCAAAUCGGGCACGGACAUUAUGGAGGCGCCAUCUGGCGACGAUCAAGAUCCAAAUCAACGGCCCAAGAAAAAGAGAUACCAUCGGCACACGCAGAAUCAAAUCCAAGAAAUGGAGUCGUUUUUCAACGAGUGCCCUCACCCGGAUGACAAGCAACGGAAGGAGCUCGGGCGUCGACUCGGUUUAGAACCUUUACAAGUCAAGUUUUGGUUUCAAAACAAACGUACCCAAAUGAAGGCUCAACACGAACGCCAUGAGAACACCCAGCUGAGAAACGAAAACGAGAAGCUCCGGGCCGAAAAUAUCCGGUACAAAGAAGCUUUAAGCAAUGCUACUUGCCCCAGCUGUGGAGGCCCAGCUGCCAUAGGUGAGAUGUCGUUUGACGAGCAACACCUCCGAAUCGAAAAUGCUCGAUUGAGAGAAGAGAUUGAUAGAAUAUCGGGUAUAGCCGCAAAGUACGUAACAUGGGUCGAGCAUGUCGAAAUUGACGAUCGGGCCGUUCACACCAUUUACAAGGCGCUCGUCAACUCGGGACUCGCCUUCGGUGCCCGCCGUUGGGUUGCUACCCUCGAUCGACAAUGCGAACGUCUAGCGAGCUUAAUGGCCAACAACAUUGCAGCAGGGGAUAUUGGCGUCAUAUCGUCGCCUGAGGGCAGGAAGAGCAUGCUGAAGCUAGCCGAGAGGAUGGUCAUGAGCUUCUGCACAGGCGUGGGGGCCUCGACUGCCCACACGUGGACAACACUCUCGGGAAGUGGGGCAGACGAUGUUCGGGUCAUGACUAGAAAGAGCAUGGACGACCCGGGCAGGCCGCCCGGGAUUGUGCUUAGCGCUGCAACCUCGUUCUGGCUCCCGGUCCCACCUAAGAGGGUGUUCGACUUUCUGAGGGACGAGAAUUCGAGAAGUGAGUGGGACAUUCUUUCGAACGGCGGGCUCGUUCAAGAAAUGGCCCACAUUGCCAACGGCCGUGAUCCUGGAAACUCUGUCUCGUUACUCCGUGUCAACAGUCCGAAUUCGAGCCAGAGCAAUAUGCUGAUACUUCAAGAGAGCAGCACGGACUCAACUGGCUCGUACGUCAUAUAUGCUCCCGUUGAUAUCGUGGCAAUGAACGUUGUCCUUAGUGGUGGUGACCCGGAUUACGUGGCCCUUUUGCCAUCCGGGUUUGCUAUACUUCCUGAUGGCCCCAAUAACCCGACAGGUCCAAACCCAGAGGUCGGGUCGGGCGGAUCUUUGCUGACUGUGGCAUUCCAAAUAUUGGUCGACUCUGUUCCCACGGCCAAACUCUCUUUGGGUUCGGUGGCAACUGUCAAUAGCCUUAUCAAGUGCACGGUCGAGCGGAUCAAAGGUGCCGUCCUGUGUGACGGUUCUUGA